CUCCUCCAAGAGACCCGUCUUCGACGAGCGGGAGGACGUGAACUUUGACCACUUCCAGAUUCUCCGGGCGAUUGGGAAGGGAAGCUUUGGCAAGGUGUGUAUUGUGCAGAAGAGAGACACUGAGAAGAUGUAUGCCAUGAAGUACAUGAACAAACAGCAGUGCAUCGAAAGAGAUGAGGUUCGCAAUGUGUUCAGAGAGCUGGAAAUCCUGCAGGAGAUCGAGCAUGUGUUCCUGGUGAAUCUCUGGUACUCCUUCCAGGACGAGGAAGACAUGUUCAUGGUGGUGGACUUGCUUCUCGGUGGCGACCUGCGCUAUCAUCUGCAGCAAAACGUUCAGUUUACGGAAGAAACGGUCAAACUCUACAUCUGUGAGAUGGCGCUGGCUCUCGACUACCUGCGAAGUCAGCAUAUUAUCCACAGAGACGUAAAACCAGACAACAUCCUCCUCGAUGAGCAAGGUCAUGCACAUUUAACAGAUUUUAAUAUUGCAACAAUAAUUAGGGACGGUGAAAGAGCAACUGCGUUAGCUGGAACAAAGCCAUACAUGGCCCCGGAGAUUUUCCAUUCCUUCCUGAACGGCGGGACGGGCUACUCCUUCGAGGUUGAUUGGUGGUCGCUGGGAAUCAUGGCUUACGAACUGCUGCGGGGCUGGAGACCGUAUGACAUCCACUCCAACAACCCCGUGGAGUCUUUAAUUCAGCUCUUCAGUACUGUGAGCAUUCAGUACUCGUCUGCGUGGUCAAAAGAAAUGGUUGCUCUAUUAAGAAAGCUGCUGACGGUGAACCCCGAGCAUCGCUUUUCCUGCCUGGCCGAUGUUCAGGCCUCGGCGUACUUGUCCGGUGUGGUCUGGAGCGACGUCUGUGAGAAGCGAGUGGAGCCGGGCUUCGUCCCCAAUAAGGGCCGCCUGCACUGCGACCCCACCUUCGAGCUGGAGGAGAUGAUUCUGGAGUCGAGGCCCUUGCACAAGAAGAAGAAGAGGCUUGCGAAGAACAAGUCGAGGGAUAACAGCAAAGACAGCUCACAGUCUGAAAACGACUAUCUCCAAGAAUGCCUUGAAGCUAUCCAGCAAGACUUUGUCAUCUUUAACAGAGAGAAGCUAAAGAAGAGCCAAGAGCAGAUGAGCGAGUCUGUGUCCCCGCCCGAGACCACCGAUGAAGCCGAGACAGAGGCCGAGUCUGAGACCUCCAACUUGAACAUGUGCAGCUCUGUCUGCUCCUCCGCGGGCAGCAGCUAGGCUGCAGCCGCCGGGCGAGGGUCGCCGGCCCGCGCCGCGCCGAUAACCCGUUCUCAGGUUGCGCUGAGCACCACAGGCUGUCCUCCGAUACCACUGGAGAGCACCGACAACUA